AUGACAACAGUGUCAUGUGCGAAUAUUAAAUGACUGAGCUUAUCUCCAUUUAUCUUGUUCAGAUCUGUGUUCUUACAAAUAUUUUCUAAAAGUGCCAUGUAUUAUAUAUUAUUUACUAUAGGUAUGUAUACACCAUAACUUUGUUUGCAGAUGACAGUUUUAUAUUUGGUAGCAUAUUUCCUAAUGAUGGCUAUGGACCACCAAAAGAUUUCUGUUGGGAUAUGAUUUGUGGUGAUGAACAGAUAGUGGAUGAUUUUGAUAGUAUUUAUUAUAACCUAGAUGAGAAGGUUAAUCGUUUCUCAGCAGCUUUAGAUGAAUAUGUGAAAUUAUAUUCUGAAGACAAUAGAAAUAUUUUGGUUACUAUGGGUGGAGACUUUCAAUAUCAACAAGCAAGUUAUAUUUUUGAUAAUAUCGAUCGUCUAAUAAAAGGUUUCAAGAACCACAAGAAAUAUAAUUUGAUUUAUUCUACCCCAUCUUGUUAUUUAAAGAGUAUACACGACAGUAAAGUUAACCUAACAUUGAAAACAGAUGACUUUUUUCCAUACAGUUCUGACGAACAUUCCUUCUGGACAGGAUAUUUCAGUUCAAGACCUACUUUAAAGAGGUUUGAAAGAGUUGGACAUAAUAUACUGCAGGCUACAAAACAAAUGUAUGCUUUAAGUUCUACUAGAAGACAUGACGAAAAGUUAACUGAUCUUAAUCAAGCCAUGGGUACAUUGCAACAUCAUAACGCCAUAACUGGUACACAGAAAACACACGUCACUAGUGAUUAUAUCAGAACGCUAACAGCGGCCAUUACAAAGGUAGAAGAACCAGUUACUGAAAUAUUAAGUGAACUUCUGGACGCUAAAACAAAGUUAGAUUGGAGCCUCAGUUCAUGUGUCCUUACUAAUGUUAGCAUAUGUUCUACGUCUCAGAAAAGCGAUAAGUUUGUUGUUGCUGUUUACAAUCCUUUAGCAUGGAAUAUUACUCAUUACGUCAGGUUGCCAGUCGAAGAAGGACAGUACAUUAUUAAUGGACCAGAUGGUAAAGAAGAAUAUGACUUAAUUGAACCUCUCAGCUCUUUUAGUUUCGUUAAAAUUAAGGAUGAACACCCCAGUGCUUUUGAGCUUAUAUUUGCAGCCAAGAACGUUGAACCGUUGGGUUUAAAAAUAUAUCAUAUUGAAAAACAAAACACAAAGGUGGAACAAGAUAAUGAAGAUCCCUCACAAUUGACUGUUUUCAAAUUAAACGAAAAAACUAACCUUCUUCAUAACGUCACUCUCAACGAUAUCACUCUAAAAGUAAAACAGAACUUCUUCAUUUACAAAUCUGGUAUUGAAACAGCUGAUAACAAUAUUGUGAGAUCUGGAGCUUAUGUAUUUAGACCAACAGAAGAUAAACCUGAAGAACUUACCGAUGUUACCUUAGUUAAGACAUAUAUUGGAACAUUUGUUGAAGAAGUUAUACAAAAGUGGACUAGUGAUAGUGCUGAUAUUUACCAAGCUAUAAGGUGGUACAAAAAUGAAAACCAUGUAGAACUAGACUGGCUGGUUGGAAAUAUUAAUAUAAAAGAUAACGUUGGAAAAGAAAUAGUAAGCCGUUUUGAAGUAAUCGAUUUCAAUAACAAAAAUAUAUUCUACACCGAUUCUAAUGGUAGAGAAACUAUUCAAAGAAUCAAAGAUAAAAGAGGUGAUUAUAGUUACGAUUCUACCAAGGAACCAGUUGCCAGUAACUACUAUCCAGUAACCUCAAAGAUAGUAGUUAAAGAUGAAGACAAAAAUAUACAGGUGGCGGUUCUUACUGACAGAUCUCAAGGUGGUACUAGUUUAGAAACCAAUCAAAUAGAGUUAAUGGUGCACAGACGAACAAUAACUGAUGACGGCAUGGGAGUGGGUGAACCCCUUUCCGAAACCGAGUUUGAUUCAGAAAUAGGAAUGUAUGCCAGAGGAUCACAUUAUCUAGUGAUUGGAGAUACAAAAAAAGUAAACAAGUACGGUACAACGGCAACUGGACAAGAACGUAUACUAGCUCACAAGAAACUUCUUCAACCUUGGAUAGGACUGUCCUCUACCAAGCAAACAUUCGAUGAACUAGAAAAGUCAAUUAACCUUAAGUACUCUGCAAUAAAUGAAGAGCUACCCGAGAAUAUUAACAUCUUGACUUUGGAACCAUGGAUAAGUGAUAAUGUUCUUCUGAGAUUUGAGCACAUCAUGGAAAAGGGAGAAGAUCCUAAGUUAUCCACCAAGGCUAUAUUUAAAUUAAAGAAUUUGAUCAAAGGAAUUGACGCUCACACAAUAACUGAGACUACACUUGGGGCAAAUGUGCCAUUGACUGAACUUCAUGAUGAACCUAGAUAUGUGUGGAAUAUUAAAAACGAAACUAGUAAAGGAGUUUCACUAGUUAUAAGAAAUAUUGGAGCUAAUGGAGAAUUAUCUUUAAAUCCAAUGCAAAUAAGAACCUUCAUCGUUUCUAGGAAAUCCAAUAAUUCUAGCAAAAAUAUGGCACCCUUUACUUUAUUUAUAUUUUUAGUUUUAUCCAAAAUGUUUUUCAUGUAAAAACAAAUCAUUUUAAAAAUUGUUUUUUAGGUAAAUGUGAUUAUUUAAAGAUCAAUAAAAGUUAAUUGGUGUUUU